AUGGACAUCCUCUUUUUACAAUUGCAUUUGCAUGAUGAUGCCGAAAUAGAAGGAUUUUGUUUAAAGUUCAAAGAUGGUAAAAGCAGCACUAUCGACGUGCCAAGAGUUUUUGUUCACAUUACCAACGACUUACCUAGUCUUCAACUGAGGCUUCAUUGUAAAGACAAAAAUCGUGAUCUUGGAGAGCAAUUACUAAGUGUUGGACAAAGUUUUGUCUUUGAUUUUAAACCUAAUUUUUUUGGAGUAUCCUUGUAUUUUUGUUCAUUUUCAUAUGUCGGAGGAUUUCACUACUUUGACAUUUAUGAUGAACAUCGAGAUAAGGAUAAUUGCAAACAUGAAUGUCAUUGGAAAAUAAAGAAUGGAGGACCAUGUAAGGAAGUAUCUCCGACUGAAGAAGAAUGUUUUCAAUGGAAUAAAGAUGUUUUAGAAUGA